AUGGCCUCAUUCUCAAGUCUCAUCAACUGGAUCGUCCUGGCAACGACGACCUUCACUGCCGUCUCAGCGCACAAUAUCAUUACUUAUCCGGGAUGGCGUGGCGAUAACUUGCACACAAAUGAGACUUUUCCUUACGGCAUGCAGUGGAUGUAUCCAUGUGGUGGCAUGCCCCCUUCAACAAACCGAACCAAAUGGCCCAUCAGCGGUGGCGCUGUUGCUAUUCAACCUGGCUGGUUCCAGGGACACUCGACGGCGCUCAUGUAUAUUAACAUGGGCUUUGGCACCAACCCUCCCAACUAUAGCAACCCGAUGGUUCCUGUCUUCCAAAUCAAAGGUCCAACAAAUGAAGCUUAUCCAGGCAUUGGUUUCUGCCUUCCGCAAGUGCCUUUACCCAUCAAUGCACCUCGUGCAAACGUUAAAGUCGGCGACAAUGCAACCAUUCAGAUUGUCGAGGCCGCCAAGCACGGCGCCGGUCUGUUUAAUUGCGUCGACAUCAUUUUUGCUGAAGAUGGUGAUCCAGCGGUAGAAGAGGUCACCCCGUCCAACUGCUUCAACGACUCGAGAAUUGGCUUUAACCAGAUUUUCGGCACCGAGGUUAUGGCAUCAGGUGCUGACCUCACCAUUGGCCGUCUUGGUCUCCUGUCGGGCGGGAUACCGUUAUUGUCUCUGUUUAUCGCGUGUGUGCUUGGGUUUGGCAUGUUCGUAUGA